AUGGUUCUUUUGUAUCCUGUUGUGCUGCUUUUGUGCACUGUAGCCCCAGCUUUUGCAGGUUGGAUAGAAACGCAUAUGCAGGAGGAGCAUCAUUUGGAUUCCUUCACAGACGAGUACUUUUUCAAAGUCCACGACUUGGGACGUAAAGGCUUUUGGGAUGACAAAGAUAUUUUGACGUUGUACGGCCUGCUCGAGAACGAUGAUGUCCCUUUUGAAACAAAGAACGAUGUUCUUGUUGACGUUUUGAAGCGUUGUGAUGCAGGCCAGCAGGACAGAAAGGUCACAAUGGAAGAGUUUGUGUCCUUUCGCCAGCACGGAGGAGAGCUUAAGGAUUGGGGUUUCCCUGGUCAUCAUGGUGAUGAAGAGGAGGAAUUUGAGAUGCAUCAUGUGGAAAAGUAUCACCCUAAUCCCGAUGAACCUGAGGAAAAUUGGAAUCACGCCGAGGAUAUUGAGCAUUUCCAAAAACAUGAAGAAAUGUACCACAGCGGAAAGCCUGUCGAAGACCGACGUGUGCACUUUCUGAAACCAAACAACAUUCCUAAUAAGUACAAAGCAUAA